GGUAAUGAAAAGUGAGGAUGAUCGUGAUCUCCAAUGGUUCUGAUGACCUUGUUCCUCCGAGGAGGCGCUGGGCGCAUGGCGCUGGGUGGGCUGCUCUCCUCGUGCUCUCUGUGGUCAUCUAUGGCUCCCAUGCCCCCCUCAUCGGCCUGAGCAAGGUGGAUGGGCGGGUGCCUUUCAGCUCAUCAUCCUGUGUGGUCCUCAUUGAGCUGGCCAAGCUCCUGACCUCACUGUCAUUGCUGGCAGCACACGAUCUACCUGCCCUGAGCUCCAGCUCGCUCUCUUGGGCGCAUGCCGCCCCCUAUGCCCUCCCCGCCCUCCUCUAUGCCCUCAACAAUAACCUUGUGGUGCUUAUGCAGGUUCACAUGGACCCCAGCACCUUCCAGGUUCUUAGCAAUCUGAAGGUGGCAUUCACAGGCCUGUUCUACUGUGUGUGCCUGAGGAGGAGGCUGCACUGCCGCCAGUGGAUGGCUCUCAUCCUGCUCAUGGGGGCUGGGGCGUGUCACAGCUAUAGUAGCCUGGAACAGGAAGGGCAUGGUGAGGCAGGAGGGGCCGUUGCAGAGACAAAGCUACAUAUUUCUGCCUGGGGGCUCUUCCUGGUGCUCAGCUACUGCUCGUGCUCAGGCUUGGCUGCCGUUUAUACUGAGCUUAUUCUAAAGACCCAGCGGCUCCCGCUCAGUCUCCAGAACAUCUUCCUGUAUGUCUUUGGCGUGGCAGUGAACGGGGCGGCCCACUUGUUUGGCGCUGGCGGUGGACAGAGUUUCCUGGAUGGGUACUCCCUGAUCGUGUGGGUCAUUGUCCUCAGCCAGGCUGCCAACGGCCUUCUGAUGUCGGUUGUGAUGAAGCAUGGGAGCAGCAUCACACGCCUCUUUGUCAUUUCCUGCUCCAUGCUGGUGAACGCUGCUCUCUCCUGGGCGCUGCUGGGGCUGCAGCUCACACCUCUUUUCGGCCUGGCAGUACUGAUGAUUGGACUCGCCGUUCACCUGUACUAUGGAGAAUAAUCGCCAGUCUGUACCGCAAAGCCUUGUUUUUCUGCACCAGCAGAAGUCCUGAAAAAAUGUAAUGUCAAUGUAAUAGUGUUUUUGUUUAUCAGUUUCAAACUGGUUCCCUCGUUUUGGUUGGAACACACCCCUAAAACUUCCACAAGUUACCAAAAACUUUUUAAAGAGGAGAAACAGGUGCUGUUACAGAAAAUCGGUGCUCUCACUUGUGUUCAGCCUUUUUUUCCCUGUUAUGUUGUGCAGAGAAUUAACUCAACCAUGAUUUUUUUGCAUCCUUUUGUAGACAUAAUCUCUUAUGUAUCACUGUCUCACAUUUGUACUUUGCUACCUCCUUUUCUGUUGGCUUUGCCACCGCUGUUGGCUCUAAUUUUUUUUACGCUUAUACAGUGCAUCUCUUGGCCUAGUAUAGGGCUAUAGAUAAUGGCUCCAUUUCCCACGGAUGAUAAGCCUUUUCUAAUGUAUUACAGUCUACCCUUUUUUUAGUGCUGUUAAAACAGUGCAUGUGUUUUCCAUAAUGUCAGUCAUAGUAUGAGGCUAUUGAUCCUAAGAUUCAGAAUGAGAGAACAAUAAUGAUAUCAAGUAAACAAAUAUUUUUAGGAAUGAGGAUGAAAACACUAGGUAUGGAAUUUUACCUGUUUUUAUAUUUCUUUUUACAUCUUACAGAUCAUGAUUUGUCACAUGUUGAUCAGCCUGAUAUUCAUUUGUUAUUGCAGUGAGAAAA